GCGGUACAAACAGGAGACAUGGGACUGCGAAGCCACGGCGGUGUAACUUUUUUCUGCGAGUCACCAAAACUGGAACAAACGCGAGAAUAUUGCUAGAAAAAUAAAGCUAAACGGACGUUGUUUCUUCAAUGCGCUUCGGUAAUUUCUACUUUUGAAGGACCGGAAGAGAAGUUAAAUGACCACAGAAGUUAUCCGUGCAUUUUUGAUACCUAGGGCGAAGAACCACACCUUCGCUUAGCUCAACAGGUGCUGAAACAGCUGGCCAAAUGGGGUGCCAAUGCUGCCGGAUGAUAAAAAGUUACAUCUAUGACCCAUCAGUGACGGUGGAUGGCAGAAAGAACGACCCUGCUAUCAGCUCCCUGUACCAGCCACACCACCUCUCAGGAGCGCCCCCCGGUGGAGACCCUCGCCACGGCAAGCACAAACAGGGUAUCCACAACCCCGGCUUCAGCAAGUACAAUGACAGCACGCUCAAACUGGAGUCGGAUAAUAAUCAUGUGAACCACCGACUGCAUUCUGUGCCUUUCAAAGAGGUCCACAGGCAGGCCAGUGCCCCACCUGCAGAGGGCGAUCUUUACAUCAUUCAGCCAGAUGCCCCGGGACCAAGAUGGAUAAUGCAGGAGCAGCCCAGCCAAGUGCCAGUUUAUCCUGAAAUUCAGAGCUAUGAAAAUCAAAUGGACUACAAUGAUAGACAGGGGAGAAGCGGCUGGAGUGGGUCACACACAGAGUUUAGAACAGAGAGCUUAUCUGCGGAUGAGAUAGAUGAGGGGGUGGGAGGGACCCCAGAGUACCCCUGUGAUACCGGGGACGAGGGCAGCGUUCUGUCUGUGGAUAUACACACCAGCACCACCAGCCUCUCCUCUGCCGACACCAAGGAGGACCACAAGGAAACAAAGACCCCCGAACUGUCCACAGUGGAGAGCGGCAUCGUGGUGAGCAAGAGCGAGGACGAGGAGGAGGAGGACAGAGAGCAGCCAAAGAACGAGGCGGAGGAGGUGGCGAGUGUGACGGACUCGAUGGUGGCGGAGGCUCUGGCUGCUCUGGAGGCUGCCACCGCUGGAGAGGAGUUUGAGUGAACACUUGUACUUUAAACUUUAAUCUCUAUGAAGGAAAGUCAGUCAGUCUCCAUGAACUCAACAUGCAAAUGAGCAGAUGACCGUAUGGAAAUAUGUAGGGCUUGUGUCUGCAUGACUCAGGUCAGUACAGGCUGCUCCUUAAGCCUGGACUAAUAACUCUGAAGGAAAUUAUUUAACUAUUGCUUGAAAUAAAUAGUCCAUCUCAGGCAACACAGAAGCUUAUUUUUAUUUGAAUGAACAGUCUGGACUUUUUAAAUAGUUCUGAACAAGACUUGGAAAAAAAUUAAAUGAAGGAACUUUGUUUACAAAAAGUGAAUAUAUUUUUAAACCUCGGUUUAGUUGUCAUGUACAGACAGUGUCUGCCUUUUGAAGAAGGCAACAUUUCCAAAGCUGCUUGGCUCAUGUAAGCCCCAAGUACAGAGAGGUGAGGUGAGCGGGGCGUCUACACUGUGAACAUGUGAACAGUGCCUGCAGCCAUCUCUGCCUCUAGUCUGUUUGAAUGGAGUUUGACAGAGCACAGCCCUAAUGCCACUGUGAGGGAUCGCUCACCGCUCUGCCAUGCCCACUGCCUGCACACACUGCACACUAUACACAGACUCUACACACUCUGCACAAACUCUACACACUCCACUCUGCACACUCUUUGCACACACUACAUAGUCUACACACACUUUGUAUACACUUUGCAUACUCUGCACACACUACACACACUGCACGCUGUACACACUCUACACACUCUACAUACUCUACACACUCUACACACACUAUGUACACUGUACACACUCUACACACUCUACAUACUCUACAUACUCUGCAAACUCUGCACAAUAGCACAUUUCAUGAGUGGCCCAGUGAAGGGUCUCCUGAUUCCAGUGCCUAACACAAACUAAACUAACUGUCUCUCUGCAAAUGAAGGAAAGGUCACGGUGCAUUUACAUGCUGCCCAUGUUUUGUGUCCCUGUUGUCCUUUUAUUUAACAUUAAUCUUGUGUUCAGCUUUUGGAAGGAUUUAAACCUUGUACCUAAAACUAGGGCUGCACAAUACCUUAAACCUAUAUAAGUCUAUAUAAGCACGCACACUAAUAAACAUUUUAGUGACAUUUAUGGUAUAUUUAAGGACGUAGCAAGGUUAAAUUCUCAAAUGUUAUUAUGAUUAAAACUUGCUGUAACGUAACCCCAACUUUUAGAUCGAUUUUUUUAUUAACUUAUAUUUUUAAAAACAUUGUGAUCAUAUUGUAAUAAACAUAUAUUUACUCUGUAUUGUGCAGCCCUAACUCAAACUGUGUGUAGCAUCUGUAAUUCUCUGUACACUCUAUUCUCAUUGCAUGAAGUGAAACAUUUAUGUACCCACUACUCACUCACGUUUCCGGCUGAUCUAGAAUAAUAUAUUAUAAUGUACAAUAACGUUGAAUAAUGAUGUGAAUAAUUUAGCUGAUCACUUCCAGGCUUGUGCCAGAACUAUGCAAGCUUUCAAUUCUUACCAAAGGACACAAUGAAAAGUGAGGAGCAGGCGUUUCUCUCACAGCUCUGACCUUGGCCUGUGUUUAGGUCUCACCAGAGCAGCCGAGGUGGAGUCUGUGGUAAAUGAAGCGCUGAGGGGGCUUUCUCUCCUCCCUCUCCUCUUUUACAGGUCAGAUCUGUGCCCAGUCUGCCCUGUGACUCCUGUGUGACUCCAGAGACUGCCCUUCGGCCUAAUGAACUCCAGAGCCUGUAGGAGCAGAGGGAGGGCUUUCCAUAGCGUGCUAAAUAAGCUGUUAUGACUGGCUUUGCAGUCACUUAUU